AUGUUGCCCUCCGAAGUGCCCAGAGAUCCGAUGUUCCGCGUAGGCGAUUCUGUGACGCUGCACUCGGGCGGUGAGAGGCAGAUCGGCAAGAUUGUCAACCCCCCAGGCAGCGACCUCCCCGUCGAUGACUCCUGCGGCAUGCUCAUCCAGACAUGCCAUCAGCUGAUUUCGCUAGGGAACUGGCCGUUGCAAGACACUCCCACGCUGGACCUGGGCGAGGCGACAAGCUGCUGCGUCGAGCAGGGCACCAGGAUCACAGCAAGAUGUCCGGGAAAGCCGCUGGAGAUCGAUGCCGCGUAUUCCGUGCGGAUUGACGGCACGGAAGCCUACUUUGACAACUUUCGGGUUGGCGAAGCCGUCCCAUACUGCAAAGCCAACAUUGUGAGACUUGAAGUGGAUGGGAGCGGAUUUCCCGAAUCCAGCUGCAAGUACACCUUGGAGUUCAACGACAACAGCACCUCGAUUGGCCAGGAGGUGUCAGACAAGUGGAGCGGCAUGUCUGCAGCCGCAGACCGCAACGCUGACCUCAUGAAAGCGUUCGCACAACGAGGCAGGCAUUUGUGCGACAAGGAGGCGGAGAAGAGUAGAGACUCCUUCCGUUGCUCCGGACACUUCAUCCUCAGGAUCCCGACUGAGGAGCCACUCUAUGAUGACCAUGACGACGAGGAAAGUCGGCAACUUUGGGGACCGGUGAAGACUGACUUCAGCUGA